GCGCUCACCUGCGCGGGGCCGGCCAUGGGAACCCGUGCGCCACGUGGACACCUCCCGUUACCUGCCCUCCAAAAGCCGGUCUCCCGCGCCCGGUCCAGCUCGCCGGUGCCCAACGGCCCCACAGGCCGGAAGUCCCGCCCCGCCGCGCGGCCCUGGCCCGGGCGCCCGCCGUCUCCUCUGCCGCACCCGGCCCCCCGAGAUCGGCGCGCGGGGGUGGCCAAGGCGACGGAGGAGGGCGCGGACUACAUUUCCCACCCGCCACCGCGCCGCGCGCCCGUCCGUCUGUCCGUCCGUCCGUCCGUCCGGGCCCAGAAGGGCCCAGGAGUGGGCCCGGCGGCUGCGCCCUGGACGGCGCUCCGGAGGCUGCCGAGCCUCGGAACCGGGAAUCUCGUGACUUGUGCGGGUGUAUUGGCCUCAGCUGGGCAUAUUCAUAAAAAUCUGUCAUCCCCAAGGUCUGGCUGCUUCAACAUUCCACUACCAAAAUCAGCUGUGGCAGACAGGCCAAAAGGAGACCUGUCCCUGGUGACCAUCCCUCAAGGUGGGUUGAUCUCACAUCUGCUUCCUGGUCCAUGCCGUCUCAGAUCUUGUUGUGGAAGGCUUAAGAACUGGAUUCACUGGUGGCCUGGAGUCAGUGAGACAGAGAUGCCAGAUCUCCCCUGGUGUGAAGUGGAGGGGAGGCCAGAGGCUUAGAAGGACAGGCUUGCUGGACUGGAUUCAUCCCGUGAAUUGUCUUGUGCUCUAGUCAUUAGCGAAAUACUAACAUCUCUGCUGUAAUCCCCAGAACCUGUGACUAUGUUAUUUUACAUGGCAAAAUUAAUUUGCAGAUGGGUUUAAGGUUGCUAAUCAGCUGCCCUUAAAACAGGGAUUAUAUCCUGUAUUAUUCCUGUGGACCUUGGAAAGCAGAAGAGGAGCAGACUUGGUAGUAUGUGCCUCUAGACCCACCUGCUCAAGGGUGUAGGUGACAGGAUGGCUUAGCCCAGGAGUUUGUACCUGGGCAACACUGUGAGACACCAUCUCGAAAAAAGAACACAAGUGAAAAAGUGAGAGAGACAAUAAUUAAAGAAAAAAACAAAAACAAAACUGAAGAGCGAUUGAAAGCAUGAGAGGAAACCGAACGGCCAUUACUGACUCAAGACGGAGGAAGGAGACCACAAGCCAGAGAAGGCAGAGGCCUGUGGAAGGGGAGAAUGGGGUGCACCGUGGGUGCCAUGACUGACAGCAAAGGUCUAGGGAAUCGUCUCCUGCGUGAUGCAGAUAGUGCUGGAGAUGACUGGACAGUGAGUCUGCAAGCAAUUCUAGACCCCAAGAAGGAGGACACAGCCAGAACCAACCAUCUUAAUGUGGACUUUCAAUGGGUAGAACCCUAUAGGUAUCUGAUACGAAUCUCAGAGAAAUGGAAAAUUAGGAAACAAUUUUUACAAAGAAACAGAAGGCAGCAUUGCUGGAGCACAUGAAAAAUGCUGGGCCCAAAAAGCAGAAUCUUCAAGCCAAACGAAUACAAAAAAAAAAAAAAAAUUGCCCAGAGCAUGAUGCUUUGGCAAAAAAGAUCCAGCAUCAUCCA